UUCAUCAAAUACAAUUAGCAUAUACUUACUGUCAAUAGUUGUAUAUACAACCUAAGGAGUAAGAAAAAUAUGGCAGAAAAAAAGAAAGUUCUUAUGAUUUGUUUAGGAAACAUUUGUAGGUCACCAAUUGCUGAGGCAGUGUUUGCAAAUAUUGUUAAAGAAAAGGGGCUUCAGGACAAGUGGGAAGUUGAUAGUGCCGCCCUGAUAGGAUAUCAUACAGGGAAAAGUCCAGACUCAAGAGCCAUUAAAACAUUAAAAGAAAAAGGAAUCACGGAUUACGUUCACAAAGCAAGACCGAUUAAAAAAGAUGAUUUUAACGAGUACGAUUGGAUCUUUGGCAUGGAUGAAGACAACAUUGAUGAACUUGAAAGGAAAAAGCCUUCUGGUAGUAAAGCUGAGGUUGAACUUUUAGGAAAAUACGAUCCUCAGGGAGAUGUCAUCAUAAGAGAUCCAUAUUAUGAUGAUGGCAGUGCUGGUUUUCACAAAGCUUACGAACAAUGUGAUAGAAGUGUCAGAGCAUUUUUGGAGAAGCAAAAAAACUGAUCUAUAUAGGUUGAGGUUCUAUUGAUUCA